UUUGAUUCUUGAAAAAUCAAGAGAAGGUCGAAGAAGUGACAAGGUUUCCAAGGAGUUGGAAAAAACUGUACCUUCAGUCAACACAUGAGUGGGAUCUUAUUAAAUCAAAUGACCCAUUACAAUAUAAAGGAGAGAUGUUUUAAUAGACCAGGUAGUUGUCAUACCUUGUAAAGCAGCUCAAACUUACAUGGGUGUGUGCAGGUGGCAGUCAGCCUGUGCAGUUGGCUCAGAGUGACGUCAUUGCUUCCCUUGGGAAUAGGACUGGGUGGGGUCCUGCCCUGCGUAGCACAGUGGUGUGAGCAGCACAAACAUGCGAAGAAGAGCUCACAAGGUAUUGGGCAGUCUGCCUAUACUAUUGCAGCAUUAAAAGUGAAAGCUCUCUGUUUCUUUUGUUUGUGCGCAGGUGAGGCAGGCUGCUCCCACCAAGGCUUCUGAAUGUUGUGUUUCCUGCAGCUCUGGUGAAAGAGGAAAAACAGGUUGUCAGAAUGAAGGAGGAAAGUUUGUUCCACCGAAGGCUUUCUCUCUGCCCUAAUGCCACCUCCCCACCAAAGAUCGACCCCUGCAUGCUCACCCGUAAUCUGUCUUUUGGAGGAGACAACGACUUCUGCAGCCUCAGCCCGGGGAGUGAAAGCGACAGGAAUAGUCUCUCCAUGCUGAGUAAUGAACUUAGUCCUGUCCAAUCACCAGGCAGCAAGUCUGAGUCUAGGAUGUUUAAUGGUGUUGAGAAGGAAUGCCCUUCCCCAACAGAGAAGCUGGCCCGGAAGGAGUCUCUCAAGGUCCAAAAGCAAAACUACAGGCAAGAGAAGAAACGGGCAGCUAAGGAACUUUUUAGUGCACUAAAGGACCCCAGUGUUGUCAUCAUGUCCACUUGGUUAAAGAUCCGAGGCUCUUUGAAGAGUUGGACCAAGUUGUGGUGUAUCCUGAAGCCCGGUGUUCUUCUCAUCUAUAAGACACCCAAAACUGACCAGUGGGUGGGCACUAUUCUUCUCAGUGCGUGCAAGCUGAUCGAAAGGCCUUCAAAGAAGGACGGUUUUUGCUUCAAGCUCUACCAUCCGUUGGACAAAUCUAUCUGGGCUGUCAAGGGUCCUAAAGGAGAAAACGUUGGCUCCAUCACACAACCCUUACCCAGUAACUACCUGAUCUUCAGAGCUGCCUCCGAGUCUGAUGGGCGUUGCUGGAUGGAUGCCCUGGAGCUGGCUCUGAGUUGCUCCAGUCUGUCUAAACUGACGGCCAAAGUAGUGAAAGAAGUGGAUAUCGGCUCAUCUUCAGAGUCUUCUCAUAUACUCCAACUCCUGCAGUCCACAGCACUUACAGACACCGACCUGCUACAGUUGAAUGACACCGUGUUGCUUGGCAGACACCACAUGGAGCAUGAUGGAUUUUCAGACAAAUCAGAGCGGGAGGUUCACGAUGACUGGGAUACUACACCCAAUGAGAAUGGUGGAAGGCUAACAGAAGAGAGCGACGUGGAGCAGUCAGAUGAGCUGUCCCCUGGGCCACAGGCCACGGCCUAUGUGGAGCAGGGGUCAGAGGUGAUGGCAGAGGCUGGUGAGGCAUCCCAGGUGGAAACAGUAUCAGAGGAGAACAAGGGUCUGAUCUGGAGUCUGCUCAAACAGCUGCGGCCAGGUAUGGACCUGUCCAAAGUGUUGCUUCCAACCUUCAUCCUGGAGCCACGCUCCUUUUUGGACAAGCUGUCUGACUACUACUACCACGCUGACCUGCUCUCACAAGCUGUGCUGGAGGAGAGUGCAUACGAUCGCAUGAAGCAGGUAGUGAGGUGGUACCUGUCUGGUUUCUACAAAAAACCUAAGGGACUGAAGAAGCCUUACAACCCGAUCCUGGGGGAAACAUUUCGCUGCUGUUGGCUUCAUCCUCAGACCCAAAGCUGCACUUUCUACAUAGCUGAACAGGUGUCCCAUCAUCCUCCCAUCUCUGCCUUUUACAUCUGCAACAGAAAGGAUGGGUUCUCUAUCAGAGGCAGCAUCUUGGCCAAAUCUAAAUUCUAUGGUAACUCCCUGUCUGCUAUUUUGGACGGCAAAGCCAGAUUGUUGUUCCUGAACAGGGAUGAGGAGUAUGUCAUCACAAUGCCAUACGCUCACUGUAAAGGUAUCCUGUACGGCACCAUGACUCUUGAACUAGGAGGGAAGGUGACCAUUGAGUGUGAGAAAACGAAAUACUUCACCGAGCUCGAGUUUAAGCUAAAGCCUUUGUUUGGAGGCUCUGGCUCUGUCAAUCAAAUCAGUGGGAAGAUCUUUGAAGGAGAAGAGCUGAUGGCUACAGUUGAUGGACACUGGGACAGUAAAGUGUUAAUUAACGACAAGCACUCAGGCCAGCAGGAGACGCUGUGGAACCCCAGUUCAGAAAUCCGCAGCCAGCGCCUCAAAAGACAAGUGGUACCAGUGGACCAGCAGGGGGAGUUCGAGUCUGAAAGACUGUGGCAGCAUGUGACCAGUGCCAUUUUGGAUCAGGACCAGCAGCAGGCCACUCAAGAAAAGUCUGUGCUAGAGGAGGCUCAGAGGAGAGAAGCCAAGGAGAGAGGAGACACACAGUGGAUCCCACGACUUUUCCAAAAGGACCCUGUCAACUCUGAGUGGAUCUACAAGCACAUGGAGAUGCAGCCUUGGGACCCUGACCGAUGUCUGGUUCAGUUUGAGAAGGAUGGAGUGAUCCAGACGCAGGAGAAAAGUCAACUCCGUGAACGGUCUUACAGGAACAGUUGGACAAAUCAACAAAAGGUGAAUGGGAAACACAGGAAGGCCAGCAGCCAACCGUCCAGCUGCAGCCAAAACACAGAGAGCAGCAGCAGCACACCUGAACCCACACACGAGUCCUCCGACAACGAAGGGUUCUCCAACCAGUGUGCGCGGUGCACUAAAGAGAUGAAGGACUUCAGCCAGAUAGAAGCCUCCAUCACAUGUAUAAGGCAGACGCAGGCUGACAUUCAAAGAAACCUGGCGGCCCUGAAUCGUACUCUGUCUCGUCAGAGAACUGCCGAGGACAGUGUGUCACUAACUGGCCGUCACUGUCUCAUCGUGUGCGUCCUGCUCUUCUCCCAGCUCCUCCUCAACUAUGUCUUCACCUGAGCCCACUCCUCAGAGUUUCCUCCUGGCACUGACGUAGAAUCCCAUUCUAACCCUAAAAGCACAGACUAUAAUCAGCUCCAAGAACAGAGACUUUGGCUCAGUGUCAGGGGGACAACUCUGUCCCUGCUGGUUUCCACCGUGACAGGAGGACAUUAUAGCAAUAAACACAGCCAUUUCCUUUGGCCAUCUGUAUAAAGGAACAGCACCCCCUAGUGUAGCCAGACUGAAACAGCACCGGCACCCACGCACUUUGGACAAGCGAGAAGAGGGAUGAGAGACAUGGAUAAAAAGAUGAAGAAUAUGAAGAUGAACUGAAUGAUGAAGAACAAGGUUUAUGAAAGAAAGGGACGUAGAGGAUGUUUCACCAUUCCUUAGUGUCUUUUUAUACUACCCUGCAAUACUAUUUGUAUAUGUGGGGGCACGUGUGUGUAUGUGUGUGUGUGUCGUUUAUACCUACAGUAGGCCCCAUGGGCACAGGUGAAUCAAUGCUUGAACUGCUCUUCUUCCACUCCAGAGUUUGGGCCUUAAUGCUAAAGCCAAAAAAAGAAGAAAAUAAGUGAGUGAGUAACAUGUACAAACGUAGAAGGAAAUUCUUCCAUCAGCGCAUUCCUCUGUGUUUUUCACAAACAUAUGCGCUCAGAAAUACUCUGUCUCAUCGAAUAAUGACAAUGAUUUUACCAAAACAGUGUUUGACUUUGAAAGAACAAAGAGUAUUUGUUUACAGAGAGCACUGUGUGUGUUCCUAACGCCCUGAGGAGGAAGGAGCCUUAGAACGAGGCUGCACAUUGAGCCAAACGGUGUCUUUGAACGCAUGUGCCUGUAGUGCCAUAGCUGAAGCGAUGUGACGAUGCUCUGGUCAAGACCACGACACUAGUGUGUACAAUCAGUUACUGGAGGGAAAAAGGGUGGAAAUCAAUACAGUUGGACACUUAGGCCUAAUGUCAGAAGUUUGUGUGUGUGCAUUGUGGUCCACACUAUGUCCAUGUGACUGUUUUAUAAUGUUAACUUCUUUUACCCUUAUUUGGUUUUUGUACAUAUUUAAGCUCUCUGUGUUUCAAGAGUUUUGAGAAUGUAUUUAUUGGGUGAUUAAUCUAGACUUUCCUAAUCUAAUUAUACUUGGACGACAGAGAGCAGAGAUCACCCUCUCUCUCUUUCACUCACCAAGUACUGUUUGUGUUAGUCUGCGUGUGUGUGUCAUUGUACGGAGCACUUGUGUGUGUGAGCAAGCCAUUUUAAGUUGUACUCGAAAAGAAGCCAGUUCUGUGAGCUUGGUUUUUAAUGAUAAAAUUGCCAGUACUGAAAUUAGAGAGCACAAAUGUCUAAGUGCUUUUAUUCACUCUGUUAUUUCUUUUUUCCCCUCUUUGUAUCUUUUUUUUUAACUCAUCUGCUGUGCUGUGAGAAUUUUUACAAACCAAUCCUUCUGUUACAAGGAUUAAAACUACACAUAAUGUUGCCUGAUAUUUUUGGUCAUACACGUUGCAUACUGUAGCACUACAGUAAAAGAAUAUAAACCUCA